CAACGUCAGUCAACAUAGAUAAUAGAAGAGUCAGUCCACUCGCGUCUCACCCAUAGUAGUUAACUAUUGAUAAGGUCUAUGCUCACCUCAUAAUUUGAAGUAUGAUUUAGAAUGUUUGUUGGCAAAUAUUCAAACGUUAAAGAAAAAGAUAUCUUUAAUUAUUAAUAAAAAGUGUAUAUAUAAAAAUGGACAAAUUAACAUUAAUAUCGGGCACUCUUUUUAUGGCUGCUGAUAUUUUUGCCAUUAUUAGUUUGGCCAUGCCAGACUGGAUUAUCACAGAUGUGGGAGGAGAUACACGAUUGGGACUUAUGUGGACGUGUAUGACAUUGUACAACCGGCCACAAGUUUGCUUUACUCCUGACCUACAACCUGAAUGGUUACUUGCUCUUGUAUGCAUUUUCGUUGGCUGUAUAUGCAUUACGACUACUAUAAUACUUCUUGCUUCAUCCCAUUGGGACAGAAAUGUUGUACCUUACGCAAGAUGGGUCGGAUUUACAGCAAUGGUUCUGUUCUGUUUGGCUGCGGUCAUUUUCCCACUGGGAUUUCAUGUUGAUGAAAUCGGAGGACAACCGUAUCAACUUCCUAACAGCCAUCAAGUCGGUAUUUCAUAUAUCCUCUUCGUGCUAGCUCUCUGGAUAACUGUUAUAUCCGAAUUAUUUGCCGGUAAAGUAUGUUUGCCACAUUUCUAGGGUCUGUGUAACUUUAAGUGUUUCGGAAUCAUUUUACUUCUUUGCCUUGUUUACCUUUUCUACCAUAUUUUUUUAAUCGUAAGACUGGAUUCGUUUGGGUUAACAAUCGACAACAUAAAAUAACUAACUACUAGUCUGAAAUAGAGUGCUGUCAAAUUUAUGUGAGAAUUUUGCUUGUAUCCUCCAUAAAUUUAUUUGCACAUAUGUAUAUUUUAGUUACUUUAUAUGAAUGUAAAAUCUUCUCCCUCUUGAAAAUGAUUUAUGGCAAAAAUAAAACUAAUAGUUUUUGUCGUAUAUGUGUAAUGCAUGUCUCACAAUAUAUCGUGAAAUAUAUUUAUAUAUAUUUCUGGAAUAAUCUCAAAUGUGUAUGUAUCUCAUAAAAUAAGAAAGCAGUAUUAUAGGUUUGUGUUUUCUGAAGGUACAUAUAUUUAUUUUAUAAUCAGGUGUAUAAAAAUGUAAUAUUUUUUAAUGUUAGUC